UCCCGACAGACACCCCCUGAUCGCGACAGGAUAACGAAUCAAGCAAUUUGAGAGAGAGAGAGAGAGAGAGGGAGAGAGAGAUCUUUUCGUUGACAGAGAUAUCUACUCUGUAUCCCAUACAGUGUGUAUUAAUGAUUAUAUUAUCUUGAUUUAUUGAAUUUCCCAAUUUACUGUGAGAUCGAUGAAAUGUGAGUGCAACGUAAUCCGGAUCUUUCUUUUUCUGAUUCAAUAAGAUCCGCCUGGUAUCCAAUUGAACUGCCCCGGGUUUUGGCUUGGAAAGAUGGAGAAUUGUUAGAAAAAGGUGGUGAAGGUUGAAUUUCAUGAAAUAGUGUGGAGAAUUUGAUGAAAAAUUGGGGUGGAAAUUGGCUUUUGGGAUGGAAUUGGGGAGAGUAGUAGUGAAGUGAUCAGAGCAAAAGCAAAUUUUUGGGAAAUUGCAGUCCAAAAGGAAUGGCAACACCUGUUGAGCCUCCAAACGGCAUUAGAGCCCCAGGGAAGCAUUAUUUUUCUAUGUGGCAAACCUUGUUCGAGAUUGAUACAAAAUAUGUUCCAAUCAAGCCUAUAGGUCGAGGGGCCUAUGGCAUUGUCUGCUCCUCUAUCAACAGGGAAACCAAUGAAAAGGUUGCCAUCAAGAGGAUACAUAAUGCUUUUGAGAAUCGUGUUGAUGCACUGAGAACAUUGCGUGAACUAAAACUUCUUCGCCAUCUUAAACAUGAAAAUGUUAUUGCUUUGAAAGAUGUCAUGAUGCCUAUCCAGAGGAGUAGUUUCAAAGAUGUUUAUCUCGUUUAUGAACUUAUGGACACAGAUUUGCAUCAGAUUAUCAAGUCGUCUCAGGGGCUUUCAAAUGACCAUUGCCAAUACUUCUUGUUCCAGUUGCUUCGGGGUCUGAAAUAUCUACACUCCGCAAAUAUUCUUCAUCGUGACUUGAAGCCCGGGAACCUACUCAUUAAUGCAAACUGUGAUCUUAAAAUAUGUGAUUUUGGACUUGCACGUACAAGCAGCAGUAAGAGCCAGUUUAUGACUGAAUAUGUUGUUACACGUUGGUACCGUGCACCAGAACUGCUCCUCUGCUGUGAUCAUUAUGGAACUUCUAUCGAUGUCUGGUCUGUUGGCUGCAUAUUUGCCGAAUUGCUGGGAAGGAAACCAAUCUUCCCCGGUACAGAAUGCCUUAACCAACUUAAAUUGAUUAUCAACAUCCUUGGUAGCCAAAGGGAAGAGGAUAUCAAGUUCAUUGAUAACCCUAAGGCAAGAAAUUACAUCAAAGCCCUCCCAUACUCUCAUGGAAGACCGUUAUCCCAUCUUUAUCCCCAAGCCCAUCCUCUGGCAAUUGAUCUGCUGCAGAAGAUGCUCGUUUUUGACCCUUCAAAGAGGAUCAGUGUUACUGAAGCACUUCACCACCCUUACAUGUCUCCACUAUAUGAUCCUAAUCACGACCCACCAGCUCAGGUCCCAAUAAACCUUGACAUUGAUGAGGAUAUGGGGGAAGGUAUGAUCAGAGAAAUGAUGUGGGCCGAGAUCAUCCAGUACCACCCCGAAGCAGCUGCAACAGCCAGUAUGGAGCUAGUUAUGUGAUCCCGGACCACCCCCUUUUCAGCAAGGUGGUCCUGCAAAGGUUGGUUGCCCUAGAUAGCACCCUACCACCCCUCUAAUUUAUUGUUGUUCUGUGUUUUUUUCUCCCCGCCCCCCACACUAAUAAACCAUAAAAACCAGUGCAUUAUCAACUUGAACUGUGAUGCAGACAGAUCAGAACAGCUUCUUGUGCCAAGCUUCGUUUGGCGCGGGGCUCGUGUAUAAUUGUGGUUUUGUAGUUCAAGAACCUGAUUUGAUCAUGUACAUUAAGUCAUUAACUACCUGUCAUGUUGACUUAACAACUAGUAAUCUAAUGUUGUUUUCUGCACAUUAAA